AUGGUAUCUGUUAUACUAUGGCCCUCAGCCCUAUCAAUUGGUUUGAUGUCAAUCAGUUCAAAGUUGACCUUUUUUGGAACUCAGGCACCGACGAAUAUCGUUGGUCUCGGAACACAUCGUCAUUUAAUAGAAAAGUUGUCAAGCUUUUUGUGUAAUUUGGCCUAUUGCAAGAUAACGUCAAUAAGACCAUUAUUGGCGACUUUCUUACUAAUAGAGACUCAUUUCUUGGGUUCGAUUAAGCCGUCGGUUCUGAAGAACCUGCAGCGCCAUUUUCGUUGCGGCGACUGCUUAAAGUAUUUCGGGACGGCCAUUGAUAUUUCAUAUGGAAUCUGUAAUACGAAGCAUAUUCGUUGUCGCAUUCACAUUGUAUUGCCAUACAAUACCGCAAGUGUUGCAAGCUUUUGGUACCGUAUAUCAAUGAUCCAUCAGCCGUCUUUACUUUUAUUCACAUCCUUACCCAGGCAGCCGUUACAGACCUACAAAAGAGACAAAACGGGGACAUCAGAGAUAAGAUCAGCGGCUUACUUGUCAGCACUGCUAAAUUCUAAAAGUUGA